AUGAGCAUGUCUUCCGUUGUCGACUGGUUCGCGAAGAAUGCUAACCUGAAAGUGAACGGAGCCUUGAGUGUGGAAAACUCAUUCUUUAAAGGCGUUCCAAGUGGCUAUGGUUUAUUCGUCGAUCUCGCUUCCAUUAAUUAUGAUCCUAAUGACGUUACAAUUGAGCUAUUGAGAAUACCUAGGCUAGCAACCUUCAGUUUAGAUACGUUAUUGGAAUUGAUCAAGGAUGAGACUCAGUACAGCUCCAAGGAAAAUAUGGAAAAGCUCCAUGCAACGGUUCGUGCUGUUUUUUCGCAAUUCCUAGAGCUAGAUGGGUUGAAGAGCCUGCUAAGUGAAACUACGGUCCUUGUAUUCUAUUUCACCCUGUUGACAUUGGUGAAAGAGGAGUAUGAACUGCCUAAAACUUUGAGGUUUUAUUUGGAAGACGUUCUUUUACAAGUGAAAGUAGACAAUGCUCCUAUGUUUUGCGAGCAAGCUGCGGAACUGUAUGGCCAGUACUCAAUGUUUGUUGCAUUGAAAGACGUACUGGAUCUGCUGGAGGAUUUUUUUAAGAAUAAGGUCAGCUGCAGUCGAUCUGUUCUCCCGCUGUUGAGACAAGUGUAUGCUGCCAUUUCUUCACGAAGUCUGGAGAUUCCUGAUGAAGUUGCAGAAAACUCCGACGAUUUUGUUGUGAACACGACGCUGGUGCCUCUGCUGGACUUCGCAAAUCAUAGCAAUGACUUGAAGAAUGCCCAUUUCGAUAUUGACCGUCAGACCCGGGACGUCUUGCUCUUAUUGGAUGUGGAUCGGAUACCAGCUAAUGCCACAAAAUUUGAAAUCUUUAUCAGCUAUUCGCCGGUCGAAGACUUGAUCUCCUUCAUCCACUAUUAUGGAUUUGUCCCGUCAAGUGCUGAUAAGUGUCAGUUCAUUAGUCUAUCUUUCGACAGAGGAUAUCUAAGAGAGCAAGAACCGAUGCCCGCUGUCAAUCUCAGAUUAUUUUACAAAUGGAUGCAGAUAAACCCUGUCGUUCAACUGAUCAACUUCCAAAACUGUUGGCACAUUAACGACUCCACUGAACAAUUCGCUUACUUACUUUUGGCCUUUAUGCAUUCACCUGAUAGCGAAUCGUCGAGCUGUUGGGCCUACGAUCCCACCUGUUAUCGCACCUUCUGGUAUUUCCAAGAACACAGCAGUAAGAGAAAAGAAGACUACAUUUCAAUCAAUGAUUACAAGAGCAGGAUCGCUUCGCUGGAAAACGACGAUAGCGAUUUGAUUGAUCUACCGCAGUUAGCGUGGUCAAUGAGUUUCCAGGGCGACGGUUUAAGCACCCAUCGCGGCAGAUUUCCAAAGGACGAAGCAUUGCAAUUGGCACCAUUUGAUAAUGAACGGACUUUCAGUAAUGCGAUAGACUUAUUUGCGAAGUUCUUUCUCGGUUAUAUUGAAUGGCGAUUAGACAAGCUCGAAAACUCGGAACCACACCUAACGUCUCCUCCUUUAAAGCAGCUCGUCCGAUUGGAGAAAUCCGUCUUACUUCAAUUGCUGCAUGAGCCGCAUUUGUACUACUGGAGUGAUCGACAGGUGGAUUGUGAGAGCUAUGACUGCACAUUGCGCCCGCUGCUGGACAGAGGUCAUCGAGAUGCCGAUCGCAACGCCUCUAAGGACGUCUUGUCGCUGGAGAAUUUGUCUUUGGAGGACUAUCACCCAGAGGAUUUUACUGAUUUUCUUCAAGACGAACUGAAGCUUUAUGCCAACUUAGUCUAG